CUUUCGUCGUCUACAAGUCAACAACACUACUCACUUAACGUAAACGUAAUCGCUUCUGUUGUUCUGUGUGUGGCUUCUGCUACACUGCGUACUACGACAACACUCUUCAGUUUGUACUUUUUAUCAUCGCAGUGACAAUUAUAUACGAUAUAGGUAUAUUGAUAUUGCGGAUUCGGGAUUAGCGCUAGUCCCGUUAUUUGGUUUUGUGGCACUGAAUUUCGUAAUUGAUAUUGGUUCCUUCUCGCAUAUCGCUGUGCGAAUAGUAAUUUUCAAUUUCAGAAACUCACUACUUCCACGAUUACAAGGAAUGAUAUGAUGCUUGACCAAGAAAAUCAGCCUAAUAUUCCAAAUGGAACAGAAUCAUCAAACAGUUCAUUUCAAGACAAGACAGUCAUAAAAAAUGAUGGUUCAGACAAUAUUUUCAGUAAUCAUGAAGAAUAUUUAGGUGAUGUGUCAUUGGGUGGUUUCAAUGUGUCUCAACUCACAAACAAAUUAGAACGUUUAGCUUUAGCUACUCCACAAGUGUCAAGGAUCAGACCUGAUAGUACUGUAUUUGAAGAAGAUUUUGAUCUAAAAGAACGUCCAGAUUCAGCUGAUUCUGAUAGCGGUAGGCCUGUAACAUCAAAUGACAGUUCUAUUUACAGGUCAUUUGUUACAGAUUCUGUUGAAAAUCAACAGUUGGAUAGUCUAGACUUUUCAUCAACUAUAUGCAACGAAGACAUUAAUGAUUCUGGUGGUAAUAUAGAAUCAAUACACGAACAUUUAAAUUCAGUAAAUUUGGAUUUAGUUAGCUCUGAUUUUGAAGAUUCUUCACAUAAUUUAACCUUACAUUCUUUCUCAAAUAAAUCAUCAGAAGAAUUAUCACAUCAACUAAAUCCAGACUUUAACGAUUCAGCACAAACACAAAAUAUUUUGCUAAUGGAUGGUUUAGGAUCAGAAAAAAAAUUCCAGUCAAAUAUUUUUGAAAGUGAGAUCAAAAAUUCUAGUGAAGCAGGGCCUGUAAUAGCUGAGGGUUUCAAUUCAUCAGCUGGGUUCAAUUUCGAUAAUCUAGAAGCUCUUGAAUCUGUUAGAUCGUUAAAUGAAGAAGAUAUUAGAAGGUUAACUAUUUCCAGAAAAUCUUUAUAUGUAGCAUUUGACCCUAUUGUGAAGAAAUCAAACGAGGAAUCUAAUUCUCGGAAAGAAGCAAUUGAAAAUUUACUAGUCGCAGAUAAAACAGUAUUGACUAGUUCUCCACAAUCUAGUGGAUCUAAUAAAUCUCUGAAUAUUUCAGAUAACAAAAUGAAUCAAUCUAUUACCAAAGAUGAAAAAAUCACUAACAGUCCCAAAACUAAUGAUAAAGAAAAAUUUUACCAAGAUAAAAUAGAAAAGUUGGAAUACGAAAUAAAGAACCUAAAAAUUGAAUGUAUUGCUGACAAAGAAAAAAUUAAAAAUUUGACCAACUCUUUGAUAUCAGUAACUAAAAGCAAAGAUCAAUUGAGUACUGUAAUUGGGGAAUAUGAAAAAACUAUUUCCGACAUGGUCUCUAAAAAAGAAGAUGUACAUAAAGAAUACGAAGCGCGUAUUGCGUAUAUCGAAGAAGAAAGAGCAAAAAUGGAACGUCACCUUCAAAAUUCAGAAAUGGCAUUUAAUGAUGUUCAUGAAAAGUAUAAUUCUUCAAAGCAAGUAAUAGAAGCCAUGAAAGAAAAUGAAACUAAAUAUAAAAAUUGUAUUAAAGAAUUUGAAGAAUCUCUUAAAAAAUAUGAAGAUAAAUACAUGAGGUUAAAAAUACACGCCACUGAACAAAUGAAUAAAGCCACUGAAGAAAUAAAUGAUAAGGAAAGAUCGUUUGAGGCAGAAACUUCAAAGAUGAGAAUAAUGAAUAAACGCUUGGAGGUGAAAGUAAGAUCAUUACAAGAGUCUUUAGAUCGAAAAGACGUGGAAAAUGUUGAGCUAACUAACCUUUGCGACGAACUCAUUGGAAAACUGGAUAGAAAAUGAAGUAUAUUAGUUGCAUCAAUAUGCAAUUUUUUUUAGAUCUAUUAUCUUAAUAUGUACACUUAUAAUAUUACUUGAAUUAUUAUUUACACUAUGUUUUGUUAAUAAAAGUAAAUCAAUUUAUACAAGAUAAAUGUAUAAAUAUAUAUAUAACUAUACAAAAGCAAAGCAUAGAUCACACUAAACUAUUGAUUACAAUUAAUUAUAAUUUUACAUGUUAUGUACCUGUUAAAUGUAAAUUUCAAAUAUAUUAUUUAUUAUUAUUA